AUGUACAAGGCAGUGUUUGCAGUACUGAGUGUGCUCCUGCUGGUGGCCGCCGCCCUGGCCAGCCCCGUGCCGGAGCCCGGCUACGGCGGCUAUGGUGGCGGACAUGGCGGAGGUGGUUAUGGCGGCUAUGGUGUUGUGUUGCAGGUGUUUGCAGUGCUGAGUGUGCUCCUGAUGGUGGCCGCCGCCCUGGCCAGCCCCAUGCCGGAGCCCGGCUACUUCGGCUAUGGUGGUGGAUACCGCGGGUUUGGUGGUGGCGGUUUUGGUGGCCUCUACGGCGGGUAUGGCGGCGGCUUCCGUGGCGGCUAUGGCGGCUACGGCGGCUACGGCUACUAUGGCUAG